AGGGUAUCUGUUAAGGGUAUUGUCCGAUCUGUUGAAGCUGACCAAAGAAGAUCGCACGAAACGGCUAGUGAAAUUACGCCAACAACUUCAAAUUCUGCUAAAAUAAAUGGGGAGUUUCAGGACAACAAUUUAUCUUUUAUCGAGAAAGAUCCGUUGAAAAAAGCGAUCCUGAAGAAAGGAUUGGACAUUGUCCGGAAACGAAUGAGCACUAUGUCGGAGGUCAGUAUUCAAGAGGAUGAACCACCAUCAAAAUCAUCAACAGCUGAGGAAGACCUGAAUAGGGAGCUGGAAGGCGAGUGGUGUACGGUAGGCGAUGUACCGUUGCUUGACAAGGAAGUGGAAAGGGCCGAACGAGCAGUAGAAACGGCUCGUAGUGGCAAUAUGAGCAGUGAGACCGUGGAGAAAGCUGAGACAAGAAAAGCUGAAAUGGUUGAGCGGCGGCGGGCGACUGUCACGGCGUUGGACAAGAUGAAAGCGGCUGAGGAUGGACUGCAUAGCAUUGCCACCUCAUUGGAAGCUACAAGCAGCAGUGACAUAUCGCUAUGUGGUGCGAUCAUCGAACUACGGAAGUCUCGAGAUCGACUAGCCUCCUACGAAACCCUCAAAAAAGAGGCUGAACGGGCUGCUGAAAGGAUGCUCGCACUGGACGACAACGUACCGCAAGUGCAAACUGCAACUCGUAAUCGGAUUCGCAAGUUGGGCGAACAAUGGCAUGAGUUGGAAAACGUAAUCGAGGAUCAUCUGAGCUGUGCACGAAAAGAACAUCGGCGGUCUAUACAAAGUGAGUUGCAAAGGUUGUUUUACCCACUCCACCACCUGAAACAGGAAAGAAAAUUCAUUUUGAUCGAUAUUCCUCUACAGAACUUGGAGAGCCUUCUGGAGAAAGUAAGUUCACCUCUGGAAGUCGACGAAGAGGCUACAUCGAUGGACGAGUCGUUCGUACGUGAUUCGUUCGCACGACUGAACGAAUCGCGGCAACGACUGGCAGAAGCGGCACGCGAGCGAAUCGCUGAGCUGUCGCGUGCGGUCGCCGACUGUGAACGAUUUGAAAAGCAGAUGGCGGAUAUGCAACAAUGGUCGUCGCAUGUGUCAUCGCUUCUCGAUCUCAGGAAAUCCGGUGAUGUCUCAGCUCUCGAUGUACCGGAUGAGUAUAAGGUUUGUCGCAACAUCUUCUCGGAGCUGAGCCAGAAAUUCGCCGAUUUCAAACAUCCGAAAUCGUUUGUGGAAAAACUCGAUCGUACUAUUCACAAACUUGACGAUGUUGAAAAUUCUCUCGAUGAUAUGACAGGUACUUUCGGAAUAAUUAUUUUUUUAUUGACUUUUAUGGGUAGAUUUUGGGUGAAGACCUUAAUGGUCAUUUUUGAGCAAGGAAAAACUGAUCAAAGCGUAGGAAUACUCGUAUUAAUACACCAUCAGUUUCUAAGUUGGACUGAAUGUGGGAGGAGCGAUCUGGAUACAGUAGAACGUCUAGAGGAUUGCGUUGACAUGUACGGUAAGCUUCUGAAGGAAUCAGAGGCUGUAGAAGAAUUUCUGGAUCAACUGGAAUAUCGCCUUGACAAGUACGCGAAUGACGAAGAGGUUGUUGACGAGUUAGUAAGCGAAUGGAAUCGUCACGAAGCUUCACUGAAGAAUUUGGAGGAACUUGAACGGUUACUGCGUGAAAAUGCAGUGAAGAUUAGUGAAAGUGUUUGUGUAGAGAAACGACGCAGAGCUGAUGCACUGAAAAUGCGACUGGACGGUUGGAGUAGGACUGUACAGGAGAUGAACAACGAUGAGGAUACGCUGUUGAUGCAAGUUGAUGAACUUCAUGACUAUUUGGUAAAUGAGCUCGACAAGGUCAAAGAUAAAGAACCAGAAGAGAUCGCCAGCACACUACGAUUUCUCCGCGGCGAUCGCGAUCGAUUAUCGUCGCGCGCGCGGAAACUCGCCGCAAUCAAUCCGCGAAUGGCGAACGCGAAUCUGUGCGGCGAUGUGACGGACCGUUGGCAACGGCUCGAAUCUCGACUACACGCACCGCCCACCGCACCGCAAGCGGUGGAAAUUGAUGGAGCAGAGUUGAAUGUCGACUUACCGUUCCAUGAAAAGAUUGAUUUGCUCAAAAAUUGCUUUGAUAAAGCCAAAGCAAGUCUGGACUUUGAUACGUCUCCAGUCAGCAGUGUCAUCCAAUGGGAUAAACGACUUAAGGCUGUGGAUAACUUUCUUACCGAGUCACGUACUGCCCUCAACGAUGUCAUCGACAAAGGGCGGAGUCUGGCAAAUAGCGGCCGUAUGGAACUCGACACUCAUCGUGCUAUCGAGAAACUCGACGACAUUAAUUUAUUUCAGCUCGAAAUGGAACUGGAUUCUCAAAAAGCAGUCCUGGACCCAUUGUUGGCCGAAGCCGAAGCGGUCGAUAAAGAUCGCGAAGCAGCCGAAGCAGUCGUGGACGCAUUGGCCUCUCGAAAUCUGAACGAUCCUGCCAUAGCAAGUGCCACGCGACAAGACCUCGCCGAUCGCGAUUCACAGUUCGCCGCGCUAUCGCAGCGAGCCGCUGCGAUUCAUGCCGCCUUACCAGGGAAGUCUAGCGCCAGUCGCGAUACCACCCUGGCGACACUGUACGAAAAACUGAACCGACUUGAAACCCUGCUCUUGCAACCGGGUUCACGUUCGAUAGCCACUGCGACACCGAUUCGAACUUCUCCCGACAGGACCAGUAUGAGCAGUACGGGAUUAGAGGUGCAGGCUGGAGCGGUUUGCGCAGUAAUGGUAGCACUUAUGUUGUUGGGUGGAAAAUUUUACCUGGGAAAGUUUGGUGGAAAAUUUAGCGUGAUAAAAAUCCAGAACCAUUUGCAUAUUUUGCAGAAAAUGUCGGACGAUCUCAAGAAAGCGCUACAAAAAGUGGACGAGCAUCAGAUGACAAUGGAUGUGCUCGAAGUUUCGCAUACACAGGAACGAGUGGAAGCCCUCAGAAAGGAUUUGCAAAAGAGAAAAGAAAGAGCUGCAAACGAUAGAGAAGAGUGGAAUAAACUCCAAAAAGUAAGUCAUGGUUAUUCCUUAAUUAAUACUUGGGAGGCUACUCAACUGGUUGCUCUCGUUAAGUUUCGAGAGCUUUUUACAUUCGUAAUUGCUGAUCGAAAGAAAUGGUCUCAUAAAGAGCGUCUGCUGGCCCAAGUCAGUGUCGAUCCUGGGGCUAAGCAUGAUGUACGACGAGGUGUCAGUGAAGUCGCAAAGCGCAUUGCUGAUGUGGGUUUACGUAGCGACUUGGUCGAUCGGCUACACUCACUCGCCCAGUGUAAACGUGAAUGUGAAGCGUUCUGGCGACAAGUGGACGAUAUGGCGCGACGCGGUGCCGAUUUGCAGCGGCGAUGUCAAGCCAUCAACGAUGCCGUCAUUUUCACACCAUCACCAGACCAUGUGCUGUCUUGUCGUCAUGACGCUGAGACGCUUAGGAAGGACAUCGCCUCCAUUAAGGAACGUGUUCAGCGAGCUAACGCCGAGCAUGUCAAGCUUGGCGGCAAAAGCGAAAAGCGACUUUUAUCGAUUUUUACGCCUACCUUGGGCCGCGCCCUUUUUCCUUGGUACGGUUGGAUAAAAAGACUUCUUUUCAGUGGUAUGCCUCGUCUGAAUGCUCGCGAUACGAACAAUUGGCAAGCUUUAACGCAGUUACGGCAUUGGCUUAAUGAAUUGGAGCGGGAUGCCAGUCUUACCGUAGACCUAUGCGAUCGGACAGCAAUCCGUGAAAUGACGAAUACGUCGCACUUAUGUAUAUACAAGUUAGAUGAUGGAAAACCGAAAGGGAUUGAAUUUGGAAAAAUUACAUAUAUUCAAGGGGAAAUAUAUUAUAUAAAAGAAGUUGAAGACAUCAGAAGUCAGAAAAAUAGAAGAUCAAUUUCUCAGGGAAACGCUAUGUUGGACACCUUCACUCGCGAUGAUGCUCACACCCUCAGUCACGAACUGAGCAAGCUGAAUAUGCGAUGGAGUAAAUUCAACGACAAUCUUCGAAUUCGUCGAGCUGUUCUGGAAGCGACGCAACGGUCACGAAGCGAUUUCCACACAGCAUUUGCUGACUUUGAAAACUGGCUUGAUCGAAUUGCUGGUACUGUCGGCGAAUUGGAAUCUCUGACGGCAAAUACACAAUCGCUAAAGGAUACCACUAAGCGACGCGAGUGGAUUCAGCAGAAUAAGUCUUUGGAAGCCGAACUGGAUGCCCAUGAAGAGGUUCUAAAGGCGAUAGAUGAGAUGGGACAAAAACUAGGCGCUGGAAUCGAUUCCGGAAAAGAUCGAUCUGAAGUCCAAAAUCGGCUGGAUGCAGUGGCACAACGAUGGAAGGAAGUGCGUGAAACCGAGAACCUCAUGCUCGAACAACAGCCUGUUGGUGGUAGUCUGACUGCUGUAAUGGCUCAAAGUACAUGGAUGAAGAACAUGGAAAAGGAAAUGGAACAGAAGGUUUCCAUUACCAAUGCUCACUCGUUCCUAAUGCAACACGAUCUCCGACCAAAACUUCAUCGACCCGGAGUUCUGGCUGAGGAUGAUGAAGAUGAACGGAAAGACGCCGAACAACGACGUUGCGGCCUACAGAUUCAUGUCGAUUGUGAAAAACUGAAGGAGAAAUGGGCUGAAUUUGGUGUUCAGUUUGCUGAUUGGGAUCGUGCAAUACACGCUGCCGCUUUGCGUCUACAGGAGCUGGAGCGGGCUUUGGCUGAGUGCCAGCUACAUCUGAGUUCGGUCGAAUCAGAAGUGGAACAACUGCGACCAGUCGAACGGCUGCGACUCGAAGAACUGAAGGAUGCUCGACGUCAAUGCGAAUCGUUGGCUAAUCGUGUCGCCGAUUUGCGAAUCCAUGUCGAUGACGCCAACGACGCUUGUGGCCGAGUACUCGCUGCCGACACCCCGCUUGAUCAGCAUCCGCGAAACCAACUCGAUUCCGUCAAUGAACGUUUCAUGGCACUGAAGACGGCUCUUCGUGUGCGAACUGCCGCUUUGCGAAAUGUGGACCCGUCUCCCUACCUUGGCAACGUGCAAUUUCUAAAACCAACCAUUCUGAGGAGAGAUUUCUGUUUUUUCAGCCACACCACUGAGAAGACCCAGUGGGAGCAUCCUGUGUGGGUGGAAAUGGCCAAGGAGUUGUCGCAGUUCAAUCGCGUGAAAUUCAUUGCCUACAGAACGGCCAUGAAACUUCGAGCACUUCAAAAACGACUCUGCCUUGAUCUUGUUGACAUUCCGAUGCUGGAAAAGUGCUUUUCACGUUUGGCCGGCUUAUCAAAUGAAGAGCUGCCCGGUUUGGAGGGUAUGGUUACCAGUAUAUUGCCGUUGUUCGAACAACUUAACGCCAAGCACCCACAAAUGGUCCGAAGUGUCGCCUUAGCUGUGGAUCUCUGUAUUAAUUUCCUGCUGAAUUUAUUUGAUCCAUCUCGAGAUGGUAUCCUUCGAGUACUGUCAUUCAAAACGGCUCUUGUUGUAAUGUCCAGUGCUCCAUUGGAAGACAAGUACCGAUGUAAGUGGUUUUCAGAAGAAAAGCGAAUUUUCCAGAAAUUUAACUGUGAAACACUUUUUGUUAGGAUUCCCCGACUAGUCGGUGAAGCCGCGGCGUUUGGUGGCUCAAACGUUGAACCCUCUGUACGGUCGUGCUUCGAGACGGUGCGUCUGGCACCAACGAUUACUGUCGGGCCGUUUUUGGAAUGGUUGAAGCAGGAACCACAGAGCAUUGUGUGGUUACCCGUAAUGCACCGAUUGGCAACAGCCGAAUUUGCCAAGCAUCAAGCCAAGUGUAACGUGUGCAAAAUGUUCCCAAUCAUCGGUCUACGAUAUCGCUGUCUGCGUUGCUUCAACCUGGAUCUUUGCCAAAACUGUUUCUUCAGUCAACGAACAGCGAAGAAACAUAAACUAAAACAUCCGAUGCAGGAGUACGCAGUGCCGACAACUUCCUCCGAAGAUGCCAGAGACUUUGCUCGAAUGGUUCGGAAUAAAUUUUCACGGAGCAAAAGCAGUUUAGGCUAUCUACCAGUUGACGUCGGUGACGAAGGCCGUCCACUUACGAUCGCUGCACCCUCAGUUCGAAAUCCUGCCACCGAUCCCAUUCAUCUGCGAUCGGCAGCAAUUGCUCAUCGCCUCGCUGAGCUCACCAUGUCUCAACCAGCGGAGCCACUGGAUGAGCGUUUGGCAGAUGUCCAAAGUCCUGCCCAGCUCAUCAAUCAGGUGGAUCAGAUGCAAAAAGACGAGUUGGAUCAAGUGUUGCAACGACUACAGCUUGAGAAUAUGGAACUGAAACGUGAGUAUGAAUCGGGAAUCGUCAUCGACACCUAUCAAUCAAAGCGCCACCUCUCUGGAUGGUCAGGGGACACAUCCGUGAUGGAUGAAGCACGAGCGCUGCGUCUGCAUAAGCAACGUCUUGAGCAUCGUUCUCGUAUAUUGGAGCAACAAAACGAACAGCUCGAACUGCAAUUACAACGGCUAAAGAAGGUCAUUGAACAGCAAAAAGAGAACGGUUCUCGUCAAUGGAACGGCGAUCGGGAAUGGUCAGAACGUCGUUCGCAACCGCCAUUCGCUACCGGUGUCGAUGAUCGUUACGGCUACGACACGGCUCGAUCGAGAGCCUCUGAACGAACAGUCGGUAGCGGACCCAUCUGGAAUGCCGAUGACGACCGCGGAGCCGCCGAUACUGCAAGCGGUCAUCCAACCCGAAUGCAAUCCCUGUUGGCCACGGUGGACGAUUUGGGCCGAGCUAUGGAGAAUCUCGUGGUGUCGGUAGUCUAUGACAGUGAUCAGGAUCANCAUACCCUUCUCAAUGACGGCGAAAUAUCGCAUCAUUUGCUGUUAGUGCUCGUAUUCUUGCGUUCAGACCUUCAAGGAUAG